AAUGGAAAAUUGUAACCUUUUGAUUACAAGUCUGUGCACUUAACCAGUGUGCUAACCACUGCUCCACUGUAUGGGAAUGUCAUUUCUGCCACCCUCGUAAUCCUUUAGUGUUGCAACCUGACAACACCCAAAGGACCUCUACCGUGGUUGUGUCUGGCGAGAUCGGAGUCCCACCAAGCAGAUGGAACUCACGUACAAUGCUUGCCCUACAUUCAUAGUCUCCAAUAAGAUGAGCAUCUCACCUCUUCACAUGCACACACAGUGGGAGGAGGAGUCCAUCCACACUUUAUAGCCAGAAGCAAGGUACUGUACCACUUUACUUUUCCUUCAGAGACAAUCACCGCUGUGUCUUCCCUCUGCACGAUGAGAGGUGAGACUUGAGAAUCUUCAUGGUCAUUCAUUGCCAUUGCUGUGCAAGCCAUCUAGAGUGUCACAACAAAAUCUGUUAAAGUUCUAGGACCGGUAGCUGGUUUGUGGGUGUCUAUUUAUGUAGUGGAAUGAGCCACACACCCUGGAACUGAAAUACGGCAUUAGAAUUGUGUUGCACUAUAGCUGUGCAAUGAGCGUGUUUCCAUACUGAACAGAAUUAGUGGCUCUUUACUGUGAUAAAUACAAAAGAGCUGCAGCUGGUGACCACUGCCACAUUUCUCUGUGCUUCGUGUUUUAGAAGGACUCUUUAUCUGGCAUAACGUAUUUGUGUAACAACGUGAAAAGUGUGUGCCAUAUGUUACAUUUGUCACUUGUGUGCCCUGUGCUUUGUAAACAUUUACGGCAGUAUGUAUUCUUGAAUUAUAGCAAACAUAACAUUUAAUACUGUCACUUGAUAUGCAGCUUUUGCUGUUUUGUACACGACAUGAUCGAUAAAUUGAAUCCCGUGCUUGUUUAGGGUUGGGACUCACUAGGAUGUAGAACUGUGUUUCUGAUUUUCAGCAGCCGCUGUACGGGCAUUUCUCGCGAGGUACAACUACCUUUAAAUGUGGACUUUGGUAGUUUUUUGUGGUUGUGUCUGCACCUUCAAUGCUCUACUUCAAACACUGGAUUUCUGGCAUGUGUGCUGUGGUGUAAGCAUAUUUGGUAAAUUUUUUCAUCUACCAUGGAUGCCGGAAGUUACAUGGUUUGCAUUUGCUUGUUUAUGCAGAAUGUAUCGCGUUGAUGUAUGACUUUGUUAUGUUGUAUUUCACUUUUUGAACGUAUGUGUAAUGUUUCGGACACGGUUCGAAACUGAGUUGCCUCGUGUGCUAUGAGGAAUAAGAGCCCAUGUAUGUAUGUUGUGUGUUGCCACCUCAGGUAUUUUGUUGCUGUGCUUUCUGGAGGCCGUGGGAGCAUUACAGAACUACACAUGGGACCCGCCAGGAACAGAAAACGCUGAUGAAGUCAUUGCCGUUGACACCUGCCUGACGGAUAAGGGGUCCUGUGGUUGCUGUGUGAUGCAGAAGCUGAUGAAGCAAAUGGAGCAUUAUUUCAACUUGACCAUCACUGAACUGAACAGGGAGCUUGAGGAAGCACAGGAAACCCUCAGCAAAAUACAGGCCAGCCGAAGUGCCUUCUCUGUUGCCCUGACGGAUUCUUCAUGGUGCUUUGGGCCUUUCCGGACAGAAAUGAUCGUGAAGUACCAGGUCAGCUUCUUGAACCUGGGCAACGACUACAACAAAUCCACAGGAAACUUCGUGGCUCCGCGCUCGGGUGUGUACGUCUUUGCGGUGACUGCGGUUAGUGAUUCAGGUUCCCCCGGUACCCCUCUGGCGGCCUGCGUCAUCCUUCGUGUGAACAAUCUGGAGGUGGCUUCCAUCAGUGAGAAGAAUGACCAGGAUCAAGAAGAUAGCGGCACCGUGGUGCUGACCGUCCAGCUGAAUGCCGGGGAUCAUGUGGCUGUCUACAUGCCACCCGGCUGCUUCUUGUGCGACAGCAAGCAACACUUAAACACCUUUACUGGCUUCCUGCUGUACAGCACUAAAUGAGCAGGGGACGUACCUCUCUCACCCUGCUGCCUUAAUUACUCUAACUCACACUCAGCCCUGCCCCCACAUAGGUGUGACACGUAAAACACGCUUGCUCAGCACUAUUCUGGUGCUAUCCUCCCAGAAAUUCCGGUUGAUCAUGCAGAUUUGUGUAAGUGCACUCUGCCGUUAAGGGAUUGCUGUUAGUCGGAAGUAGUAGCUGGUAUCUCCCUCUCAGGAUCAGGAUUUUGUCCUCCUCCUAGUCUCCCCAUCUGUCCUUUAGCUUGACCUUCAGACACAUCCACAUCAGCUCCACUCUUUAAAUUGACAAUGGUUUCAAGUCAACACUAGGCAAACUUUGUGUAUUCUG